ACGGCCGCCGCCUUUGUUGCGGGCCGGCGGGAGGCGGGCGGCGCCGGCGCUCGGCAGGUGCGCGGGGCCGGACCCGGUCGGCCGCGCGGGGGCCGCGGAGAAGGGAACUGGGACAAGAUGGCUGGAGAGACCGGAGCGGCCCCAGGCGCCGGCGGCGGCUGGUGGCCAGGCCCCGGGCACCCCGCCUCCCAUCCCGGACCCGCUGCCGGGGAGCCGGCGGGGAGGCCGCGGCCAAGUUGGGGCCCCGGCUCUCGGAUCUGAAGCCCGUUCCGCGCGCCCCAGACCCCUCCCUGCCGCCUUCGCGCGUCCUUUCCGGAAAUAUGGAAGAAGCCGACUUUGAACUCGAGAGCGGUGUUUUCUCCGGCUGCUGGGGAGGACGCCGCCCCCAAGACGCGCCCUCACUGCGCGCCUAGUGACUGCCUGCCCCCAGAGGGCAGGAGCGCGUCCCUCUGUGCCGCCUCCCCGCUCCGCAGGAGAGGGCACUGGCGCCCAGCGACGGCGAGGCAGCUCCUGGGGCCCGGCCGCUGCAGACAUGGAACCCACAGCCUUCCCUCUGAACCUGACCCUGAAAGUGGAGGAAGGGGAAGAAGAGAUUCAGAGCCGGGAACUGGAGGAUGGUCCCACAGACACGCAGAAGGUCCGCAUCUGCUCGGAGAGCGCGUGGGUGCCGGCUCUCUUCGAUGAGGUGGCCAUCUAUUUCUCGGACGAGGAGUGGGAGGUGCUGACCGAGCCGCAGAAGGCCCUGUACCGGGAGGUCAUGAGGAUGAACUACGAGACCGUGCUGUCCCUGGAAUUCCCAUUCCCGAAGCCGGACAUGAUCUCUCGGCUGGAUGGGGAGGAGGAGUCUCAGAGUUCGGACCCAUGGCAGCUCCAGGGAGGAAGCUUCGCAGAACACGAAGACGCGGAUGUCAAGCCCCCAGACUGGGCCGGCCCCGUGCACACAGCGUCCCUGUUCCCCCCGCCGCCCCCGCAGCCCCUGGACGGCUUCGGCCUCCGCCUGCCUCGGGACAUCGCCGACCUGCCCGAGUGGGGCGAGGGCUACCCCUUCUACAUGGCUGUGGGCUUCCCCGGGUACGACCUCUCGGCUGACGAGCUGGCCGCCAAGUUCCAGUUCAGCCGGGGCAUGCGCCGCAGCUACGACGCCGGCUUCAAGCUGAUGGUGGUGGAGUUCGCCGAGAGCACCAACAACUGCCAGGCGGCCAAGCAGUUCGGCGUGCUGGAGAAGAACGUGCGCGACUGGCGCAAGGUCAAGCCGCAGCUGCAGAACGCGCACGCCAUGCGGCGGGCCUUCCGGGGCCCCAAGAACGGGCGCUUCGCCCUGGUGGACCAGCGCGUGGCGGAGUACGUGCGGUACAUGCAGGCCAAGGGGGACCCGAUCACCAGGGAAGCCAUGCAGCUGAAGGCCCUGGAGAUCGCCCAGGAGAUGAACAUUCCGGAGAAAGGCUUCAAGGCCAGCCUGGGCUGGUGCCGCAGGAUGAUGCGCAGGUACGACCUGUCCCUGCGGCACAAGGUGCCGGUGCCCCAGCAGCUGCCCGAGGACCUGACCGAGAAGCUCGUCACCUACCAGCGCAGCGUCCUGGCUCUGCGCCGGGCGCACGACUACCAGGUGGCGCAGAUGGGGAACGCGGACGAGACGCCCAUCUGCUUGGAGGUGCCGUCUCGGGUGACGGUGGACAACCAGGGAGAGAAGCCCGUGCUGGUCAAGACGCCGGGCCGGGAGAAGCUGAAGAUCACGGCCAUGCUGGGCGUCCUGGCCGACGGCCGGAAGCUGCCCCCCUACAUCAUCCUGAGGGGCACGUACAUCCCGCCCGGCAAGUUCCCCAGCGGCAUGGAGAUCCGCUGCCACCGCUACGGCUGGAUGACGGAGGACCUCAUGCAGGACUGGCUGCAGGUGGUGUGGCGGCGGCGGGCGGGCGCCGCGCCCAGGCAGCGCGGCCUGCUCAUCCUGAACGGCUUCCGGGGCCACGCCACCGACGCGGUGAAGAGCUCCAUGGAGAGCAUGGACACCGACAUGGUCAUCAUCCCCGGGGGCCUGACCUCGCAGCUGCAGGUGCUGGACGUGGUGGUGUACAAGCCGCUCAACGACAGCGUGCGUGCCCAGUACUCCAACUGGCUGCUGGCCGGGAACCUGGCGCUCAGCCCCACCGGCAACGCCAAGAAGCCGCCCCUCGGCCUCUUCCUGGAGUGGGUCAUGGUGGCGUGGAACAGCAUCUCCAGCGAGUCCAUCGUCCAGGGCUUCAGGAAGUGCCACAUCUCCAGCAAGCUGGAGGACGAAGACGACGUCCUGUGGGAGAUCGAGGGCGAGCUGCCGGGCGGCGGGGAGGUGCCCGUGGAGAGCAGAGCCGAGAGCCGCUGAACGCAGGCGUGGCUGAGCACACGCCACUGUGUUUGAGACGGUGGGGAAGGAAAGCCCCCGAGGAGACUGCGCAGUGCAGAUGCAAGGGGAGCGGCCCGUCUGGACAGCCGAGCCCCGCUGGCGUCCCGCCCCUCACCCGUGGGCUGCCGUGCGUCUGGGACCCUUCAUUUCAUCAGAGACCCGAUUAGGAAAAGAAACUGCUUCUGCCCUUUUCUGCUAGUGGCGACUCCUGUGUCCGCCAGAAGAGACCUGUAAAUACGACGCACGGAGGCAUUUCCUGGAGAAGAGCCUGUUCGCUCGACACCAACAAAGCUUGUUGUGCGGAUGGCCUUGGCCCCCUUUCUUGGCAGAAAAACCUCAAGUCACGGUCUUCUUCCACCUUUAAGAAGGCUUCCGGGGCCAGAGCCUGCCUGUCCCCAGCAGGGCAGGACCGCGGAGAAGGCCACGCCGAAACACAUCCUGUGUGCACGUCACCCAGUUCCUCUUUUAGAGAAAGGAGACACCAGUGACGACGGGAUUCAGACGUCCUGGCCGGGCGCCAGCCGGUGGCUUUUCUGUAGGUUCGUGGGGGACCCAGGUUAAGGCAAACGGCGCCGUCUUAUUUAUCUUCCCGAUCAGGUUGGCAGCUAGACUUUUUCCGGGCCUCGUCGAAUGGCCCCAUUUUUCGUAGCGAUUCUGUUUUAACGACCGGGCAGCGCUGGGCACCUGGGCGCCGCUGUUUCUCAGAGGUCAGCGUAAGUGGUCCGCUGCCCACAUGGUACCAGGCGCCUGGCCGCCUCCGAUGUUCAUUUCCUUUGUUCCUUUAGUGUUUCUCCCGCAAGGGCGGGGAGAGAGGGUUUGGGUCUUCAGCCACAGCGGUUUCGAGCCUGGAACCUGCCACCCUCUGGAGAGGCGGGAGGCCUCUGAGUUUUUACACUGUAGUGAUCUGCCUGCCCACGUGGAUCGAAAACAUUCCUUCGAAGCUCCCCGCGCUACAGCAGGCAGGCCACGACCUCCCAAAGCCAUUGCUAGAAAUGCCACCCCGGUGCCAGCUAUGGGGACAGGCCUCCUCUGCCCUUCCCGUGCACCCAGCCCGCGCGUGUGUGACACGGUUCUCGGCAUCUGGACACACCUAUUUCUACUCAGGUACUCAUUUUCCUAUCCGUGAACCACUGCUGUCCUUUUCCAAGACCGGUUUUCCUCCACGUGGGGGGAAGUGUCCCUUAAUUUCUGGUAUCGGAGGAAUUUUCAAUAUUUGAACUGUUUCCCAAACUGGACUGUGAGCUUCGUCAUCUCGAGUGGCAUCUGAACCCAGCUACUUGGCAUUCCAGAAGUUUCCAUUCCCUCCACUUGCACUUAAGUUAUCUUCUGUGUCCUGGCUGUCCCCUGCUGCUGUCCUGUUCUACUUGCCUUGGGAGCGUCAAGGACUUAGUGAGACCUGGUGCUGGGCGCCCGCCCUGGAGCCGCAGGGGUCUGGCAGAGAUGAGCAGGAAAUGGGUCCAACUGCUGACGCCUUCCGCCGACACCUCAUGUCCCCUGCGGGCUGCCCGGCACCGGGACGCACCUGGAGGGGUGGCCCUGCUCCCCGGCUCCCGAGGCACCUGCUUCCACUGACGCCAUUCCGACCUCUGCCCGGCAGCCCCGCCCCAGCCGCUCUGGGGGCGGGGGGGGGGCGGUGGCCCCGGACCGACACUGGCACUCGCGGAGACGUAGCCACGCCCCAGUAGGUAGGUGCUGACCCCGACAAUAAACUUGGAUAAACGAGA